AUGGAUCUCAGCACGACAAUUAACUUCACCCACCCGCAGUAUGCACCAGUAGAUGAGAAAUGCAGGCGAUUUGCCCAUGUAACUUGGUUAGACAGCGGCAGGGAUAUGUAUUUGCGACCGGAGAGGGUAACGGUGCAUGACCUCACACCGCGACUGGGAGAGCUGCGAGCGACGCCGGCUAGCACACAGCUAGAUGAUCGUGGCUAUGCGGUUGUGCAGUCAGCCCCGCGCGCCAGUCUCGAGCCACUAGACGAGCAGGGAUGUAUAGCGGAAGUGCGAGAACUCCUCAUGCAUCAAUUGCAAGCUGAGCAAGUCCUCGUAUGGAAUCUGCAGCAUAGGGACGGUAGUGGACAUAAUGAUGCUGAAGGCACACUGGGCACUGACGCUGCACCUACUGAUCCCGUUCCGGCUUACAGAGCUCACGUCGAUCAGGACGCGAAGCGCGCGUGGGAACAUAUACAGCGCGAGCUGGGAGAGCUCCCCGAUAAUGCUACCCGGCGAGUGCAAAUUAUAAAUGUUUGGAGACCCUGCUUCGACGGCGUCGUAGACGUCCCGCUCGCGGUGUGCGAUGGUAACACAGUCUCACACUCUGAUCUGGGCCAUACUACGGAUUUCUUCGGUAGCCAUUAUAGUAUUCUCCACAAUAGCUCUCAGAGGUGGAGCUAUAUUCGCGAUCAGAACAGCCACGACGUCUUCUUUCUGCGCUGUUUUGAUAGCCUCGAUGGAGAUGGCGGGAGAGCGAGGUUUGUGCCACACACAGCUGUCGAGGAUAGGAGCAGAGAGUGUUUCAAGUCACGUCAAAGUGUGGAAUUGAGGUGUAUUGUUGUUACAAGAAUGUAG